AUGCGAGAAGGCACGGCAGGGGGGAAGGCAAGGAGGCACAGCCAGGGAGAAGGCGAGAAGGCACGGCAGGGGGGAAGGCAAGGAGGCACAGCCAGGGAGAAGGCGAGAAGGCACGGCAAGGGGGAAGGCAAGGAGGCACAGCCAGGGAAAAGGCGAGAAGGCACGGCAGGGGGGAAGGCAAGGAGGCACAGCCAGGGAGAAGGCGGAGGCACAGCCAGAAGGCACGGCACGGGGGGAAGGCAAGGAGGCACAGCACAGCCAGGGGGAGAAGGCGCCAGGGAAGGCACGGCAAGGGGGAAGGCAAGGAGGCACAGCCAGGGAGAAGGCGAGAAGGCACGGAGGCCGGGGAAAGGCACAGCACAGCCAGGAAGGCAAGGAGGCACAGCCAGGGAGAAGGCGAGAAGGCACGGCAAGGGGGAAGGCAAGGAGGCACAGCCAGGGAGAAGGCGAGAAGGCACGGCAGGGGGGAAGGCAAGGAGGCACAGCAAGGGGGGAAGGCAAGGAGGCACAGCCAGGGAGAAGGCAAAGAGGCACAGCCAGGGGGACGGCGAGAAGGCACGGCCGUGGGGAAGGCGAGAAGGCAAGGCAGGGGGGUAG